GGCAAACAGCACUGUGAAUGGCAAACAGCUGAUUAACUGUUACGCGACUCAGGAAGAAGCAGAGCAGUUACGAUCUGAUUGGAAUUUUAGAUUUAUUUUAAGUUUUUGGGGCUUCAAAUAAAUAAAAUGUUAAGAACUUUUGUUACCAGCGCGUUGCGAAGCGUUUGCCGACAACCGCCGACUGCUUCAUCGGUGUUUUCUAUGGUCCAGCGGACACAGCGUGCCAAUUUGGUGACUUUAUCCCGACCCAGCCUGCUGCCCGUUCCAACGCUGUCUUCUCCUGCUCCCCUACAGCUUCUCCAGCUGCCUGGAGGUCUGGCAGCUACAGGAUCACCACCAACCACACGUAACGUGACAAAGUUCUCGCUGAUCAAGGGAAAACGAAAGACGUCAAAGGCGGUUCUUAAGCGAUUCAAGCGUUUGGACUGGGGAGCCUGGAUACGCACCCAUUCCGGUCGGCAGAAGAAGCUGUUCAAGAAAUCUGGAGCCCUGCGACGCCGCCUAAAGCAACACGUCUUUACCAACGCUACGCAGAGCUGGCUGCUGGACAAGAUGGUCACCAGCUUCUGGCGCCGUCCCAAGCAUUAUAUCGCCGAUCCCUACAGGCCCUAUCACAGUCGCAAUGAGUACUACGCCACACAGUCAAAAACCUUUAAAGUCUAACCUUGUUGAUUAAAUGAUAAUACUACAAUUUUAAGUCUUUUUACGCUGGUUUCUUAAAAAUUGGAUUACCUUUUGUCUAAAAGAUAAAACAACUUACAGAAUAGAA